CCAUACCCCUAGAGGUAUCUACCAUCCUACCUACCCCUUCACGUCCGUGCCACUCAACGACCUUAACACCCACCCAACAGGCGGAAACUUGGAAACCCCUCGCCGCACACGUGCGUAUUCGGGGGGCAUGGCACCGGGAGCUCGGGCUAGUGGGUUACCACCUUCUUGCCCUUACCUGCCCUUAUUACCCGAAUGAACAUCUUGCAGUCUUGUAAUGUGGUGUGGUGUUGUUUUCUUAUAUCAUGUCAUGUCAUGUCAUGUCAUGUCGGAGGAGGGGACCGGUGCCGCGAGUACAUGUAUUGGGCGCCACCACCGAUCUUGCACUCUGUUGGCAGCUUGCCUAGGUACCGUAGAUGGGGGAGAUGGGGGAGAUGGGUAAGAUGGGUAGGUGGGUGGGUGAACCGGGUGUUGGGCGGCAUCCCGGUGGCCUUUCUGGGUGGUUAGUGAUAGAUUAGGUUUGGGUAGGGUGACGGGUAGAUAUUGUAUCGGCUUGUGAAAGGAUACAGUGCUGUCACUUGUAUUGUUGAUUGCCUUUGGUUUGUACUUCUAAGAGGGGAGGGAAGGCAGCUUGAAUGUAGACAAGACCUCUUGGGGACAGACUCGACAGGGACUACUACCAGACGGUGGCGGUAAGGGACGAGUGGGAUGACCAUACCUACAGUCCAAUACUGAUUUGUUUGUUAGCUCGAGACCUCGGGUCAACUUCCC